AUGACGAGCGUAUUGUCAUGGGCAGAAUCACUUUCACUGUUGUCUUUGUCAGUCGCAUGCGCGGGUGUGCUGGCAAACACGCUUCACGGUGACGGUGAGCCGCUAGUUGCGUCGAUAGCAUUCAGCGGAUUGGCGUUCGUAUCCUGCUAUGCAUUAAUCCGAUGGCUCGGGGAUGCCUUUAUGAAGCGUGGCUUCAAAGGAAAGGAUCUCUGUAAGCUGAAGCAGACUGAGAUACCGGAGAUGAUGGGAGCAGUGUGCGCAAUGGUGUAUCUCUUCAUUAUCAUCUUUUUCAUCCCAUGGCCAUUCUACAAGGACAUUGUGGUCGCAACCUCAGGGGGUGGCAACAGAGAUAUCAUCAAGGAACUGGAAUUAAUCGAGACGGGCAGACUUCUGCACAGGUUUCCUCACAACAAGCUUGCAUCGUAUUUAUCAGCCAUUCUCUCACUUCAGACUAUUGUGCUGCUCGGUGUUGGCGAUGACUUGUUCGACAUAAGAUGGCGCCAUAAGGUGCUCAUCCCAGCUUUUGCAGUUAUCCCCAUGCUGGUUGUGUACUUUGUCGACUUUGGCGUCACGCAAAUGGUUGUCCCUGUUCCACUAAGGCCUUACCUGGGCGAGUUGUUCGAUCUCGGAUGGUUGUACUAUGUCUACAUGGCACUCAUGUCCAUUUUCUCUUCCAACAGCAUCAACAUUUUGGCAGGCAUCAACGGCAUCGAAGUGGCUCAGUCGGUGGUCAUUGCAGUUCUGAUUGUUAUCAACGACAUACUUUAUCUUUCGCCCUUUACACCCUACCCUCACCCGGCGACAGACUCUCAUCUGUUUUCACUGUACCUUCUACUUCCCUUUAUUGGAGUCUCUGUUGCGCUAUUGAUGCACAACUGGUAUCCUGCAAAAGUAUUUGUGGGUGACACAUACUGCUACUUUGCAGGCAUGGUGUUUGCCGUUGUUGCAAUUCUCGGGCACUUCAGCAAAACGCUGAUAUUGCUCCUUGUACCACAAGCAUUCAACUUUGUCUACUCGGCACCCCAAAUCUUCCAUGUCAUUCCGUGCCCCCGACAUCGGCUUCCCCGUUUCAAUGCACGGACUGGAUUACUGGAGCCCUCGCGCGUUGAAUUUACCAAACCGCUACGGAAACCGAUAGCGGAGAGUCUCAAGGUGCUACACCGGCUUCGGAUGCUGGAUGUUGAAGUGAAUGCAGAAGGGCAGGUGGUUUCGUCAAGUAACUGGACGCUAAUCAAUUUAUGGCUGGUGUGGUUUGGGCCGAUGCGGGAGGAUCGGCUGGCCAUGGGUCUGCUGGUAUUCCAGUUCGCCAUUGGCAUCUUGGGCCUGUUUGUUCGGCAUCGGAUGGCAUUGCUUAUCUUCACUGCUGAUAACCUGUAG